AGCACAAGAAAAAGAUUAAAACUUUCUAAUGAAACUAAAAAGAACUUUGCUAAUUUUGGUGCACAAGUUGAACUAACUUCUAUCAACUUUGGAGUUCAAGUAUCUUUGCCAACUAUUGACUUUAAAGUUCAAGUAUUAUUGCUAGCUGUUGACUUUAAAGUUCAAGUAUUUUUGUCAGUUGUUAACUUUGAAGUUCAAGUAUCUUUAUCAGAUUCAACAUAUGAACUUCUUUUAAAGCAAAUUAGUAAGUUAGAAAGUGCUAAUAGACAAUUGUUAGCUAAAAAUAAAGCAUUAAAAAAAAUUAUAUGA